CCCUCUGCCUGUUUCUCCCCUGAAAUUAGACUGGAGCUUAAUCAAAGAAGGGUAAGAAGGGCCUGCACCACACCCCGACUUUUGAUGUCCCCCCAGGAGUGCCGCUUCACGAGGGCUUGAAAGCCUGGCUCAGGCAAAGAGGUCUGAGUCCCUGCAGGGGGUCUGGAGAGACUCUGGCUGAGCCCUGCUAAGAUGGAGCCAUUCGCAUCUUUGAAACCCCUCCGAGUCUCACCAAGCGUUCCUGGAGCUGCAUGAGCACGCGUGGUGGACCCAGCCCGGCAAGGCCCGUGGCGCAGCCCCCCUUCCGAGAAGCCGGAAGUGCGAAAAGGCUUCUCCUGGGAGAACCGAAGACAGCCAUGUCUCCAGGGUGAGCGGGUCGGGACACAUCCUCCCGCUGGCUCCGCACCACGUGCACAAUGGAAGCUCUUGUUGCAGAAGAAUCCAGAGCGAUUCCUCCGGGCGGGCUGAGGAAGGAGGUCUGCGCACCCCCCGAGCAGCGGCUUCCUCAUUGCCAGCAAGAAUUUCAGUGGCUGUCUGGCGUUUUUAGGUUUGCAGAAGAAACGUUUUUCUGACCCCGGCUGGGUAGUCUCAGAACUCACUGCGGAAGAUCUGGGGCUCAUUUACAUAUGCAAAAUAUGUCAAUAACUAGGAAUAAUUAUGAUCAUCUUUUCUUAGAAGGCAAGCAAAUGAACCUCUGGCUUGCUUUCUUCCUGGAACUUCGUGGAUGCUGAGUUUGGGAUUGCACAGUAAGGCCGACGGGACGUUCACGCGUGCUCGGGGACCACGGGGCUACUGGGUUGCGUGGAAGACGCGGGAUUGUGUGAAGAUAGUGUCAGCAACUGGCAGCUCUACAGGUCCAGGCGCAGCUUCAGAGCAAUGGGCACCUGGCCGGGCACAUUCCUCCACAGCUGCCAGCCGAGACUGGACGGAUUGAGCCGAACUACCCCAAAGUUUGUGGUCACCAGGGCAACGUGCUUGAUAUUAAGUGGAACCCUUUCAUUGAAAACAUCAUCGCAUCCUGCUCAGAGGACACGUCUGUGCGGAUAUGGGAAAUCCCCGAGGGAGGCUUGAAGAGCAACAUGGUGGACGCGGUCCUGGAGCUGUAUGGGCACAGCCGGCGGGUCGGUCUUGUAGAGUGGCAUCCGACCACCACCAACAUCCUGUUCAGCGCUGGGUAUGACUACAAGGUCCUCAUCUGGAACCUGGAUAUCGGUGAGCCAGUGAAGAUGAUCGACUGCCACUCUGACGUCAUCCUUUGCAUGUCCUUCAACACAGACGGGAGCCGAUUCUGCACCACGUGCAAGGACAAGAAGCUCCGCGUCAUCGAGCCGCGUUCGGGCAAAGUCCUCCAGGAGGCCAGCUGCAAGAACCAUCGGGUCAACCGGGUCGUCUACCUGGGGAACAUGAAGCGUCUCCUGACCACGGGCGUCUCACGCUGGAACACGCGGCAGAUCGCCCUCUGGGAUCAGGAAGACCUGGCCAUGCCCUUAAUUGAAGAGGAGAUCGACGGCCUCUCGGGGCUCCUGUUCCCCUUCUAUGACGCGGAUACGCACAUGGUGUACCUGGCAGGCAAGGGAGACGGGAACAUCCGAUACUACGAAAUCAGCACCGAGAAGCCCUACCUCACUUACCUGAUGGAGUUCCGCUCCCCAGCCCCGCAGAAAGGCCUCGGAGUGAUGCCAAAGCACGGCCUGGACGUGUCCGCCUGCGAGGUGUUCCGGUUCUACAAGCUCAUCACGCUGAAGGGGCUCAUUGAGCCCAUUUCCAUGAUUGUGCCGAGAAGGUCGGAGACGUACCAAGAGGACAUCUACCCCAUGACGCCUGGGACGGAGCCCGCCCUGACGCCGGACGAGUGGCUGAGCGGGAUGGACCGGGAUCCCAUUCUGAUGUCCUUGAAGGAAGGCUACAAGAAAGCAUCCAAAGUAGUUUUCAAGGCACCCAUCCGAGAGAAAAAGAGUCUUGUUGUGAAUGGGAUAGACCUCUUGGAAAAUGUUCCUCCUCGAACAGAGAACGAGCUCCUCCGGAUGUUCUUCCGACAACAGGACGAGAUCCGGCGGCUGAAGGGCGAGCUUUCACAGAAAGACAUCAAAAUCCGACAGCUACAACUGGAACUGAAAAACUUACGCAAUAGCCCGAAGAACAACGGACUCUAAAGGACGCUUCCAAAAGAAACCCUUUGUCUGUCCCCACUCUCUUAACUUUACUUUACCUGCCUAACACAUGACCUGAGCCGGAGGAUCCAUGCCAACCCAUGGGCUCGAACGCCCGCUCGCCGGAAGUACGUUCACUUGUGAUUGUUGCCUAGCACUAAAAGAUGUUGCCUGUGUGAUGUAACUGGGAACUCCUGCAUGACAAGAUCCAGGGAUCCGUGCUCAUCUCGAGUUUCCCUGGGAGUAAAUGGGAAGAGUCCGCCUGUUUCUCGAUGCCGCAACCUGACGGAGUCAGCUGAGGACGCAGCUUUUCGUUUCAGCCUUGAGCAUCCAGGGGAAAGAAAAUGGAAAUCUGCAAACCCAGCUGCCGCUGAGCCGAUUCCUGUGAGUGUUUGUUUUCCUAUGCAAAGUGUGACUGACAGCGCCCACAGGGUACGGAUGUGGCACCGGGUCACCAGUCUGCAAGGUACAGGGAAGGUCCAACCACGAAUUUGUCCCUUUUCCCUGCAAAUGCCCCAGAGUGUAUUCCACGCAAGCCAAGAGGUCAAGCCCAGCAUCCCCGCCACACUGUGGAUGCUGGGCCCCCUCACUGCUUUCUCCUACCCCUUUUCUGCUGGUUGCUGGUAUUAUCGGCAUGGGGUAACCCUGCUGGCCCCAUAGCGAACUGACCUCUUCGUGCGCCUGUCUUGGUGGCGUCACUAAGGCACAAGUGGCCAAGCAUGCGCCCUGCAGUGUGUGAGCGGAUUUUGGCCCCUCGAUGCUCUCACAGGCCUGCAAAUUAGGGCUCUGCCAUUUUGCUCCCAUUUUGGAUGCAGAUGCACACACGCGCUCGAAAGACAAAGCCCUCCGCAGGCCUUUCGGGCCAAGAGAGACCCAAGCAGUAAUCUAAUAAAUUAGGCAUCCCCCCAGGAAAGAGCUUCCCGCUUACCAAGGAAGGAACCCACAGAGAAAGUAAGAGCAGCUUUAAAAAGCAAAACCAACAUGAUCCAGUCAAAGUUGCAACACUUUUAAAGUCUCAUCGAUCUCUCGGGAUGCGUUAACGAGUAUGCUUAACCAUCCUCUCCGAGAUCAGUGGGAACUUGCCACAGCAAUCCCGUGACUUCCCUCCGAGUAAAGAUAUGUGACCCCAGGUUACACAGGGCUUAAACUUGACUGGAUUGUGGCCACUGCUUUCUUACAUGUGCCCCCCCAGCACAAACUGGGCUGCAGCUACGGGGCAGUCCGGAAGGCGAAACCAGUGGGGCUGUUAUGCGGCAGUUGCAGGGGAGCCGGGCCCCUGCCCUGGCCCCGGUAAUGGGGUGCCCGCCCAUGGCCUUUGGGGCUCACUGCAGACGCGCUGUGCUUCCCGCCCAGCUGGCGUUCUGCUGGGAGCUGCCUGGGGAGCCGGGCUGGUCAGCUGUUGAAGUUACUGCACUGGCUGGCAGUUUCCUGCCGCUGGAGAACACUCCCAUCUCGCUUUCUUGCCCAUCAGCAAAACGGAAAAAACUUCAGUGGGCAGAGGUGUCUUUGGGGUCUUCUCGGGGGCCUGUCCCCCUUCUGCAGGCAUCAUUUCCUUAGAAGAAAGGCGUGCGUCGUCUUGCCAGCCG